UUAUCUAAAGUUAAUAAUAAUAAAAAAAACAAGGUUGAUCAAAAAAAAAAAAAAAACAAAAUAAACCUCUCUCUCUCUCCACUGUCAUUGGUGAAGGCAGAGAGAAAAAAGACUGUUCAUCACCAUCUUCGUCUCUCCCAAGACAAAUGAAAAUGAAGAAGAAAGGUAAAGUCUUCCCAUCUCCACCUCCUACUCAACCAUCGCCAUCGUCAUCGUCGUCUCACUACCUCAACGAAGACGAAUCUCUCUCCGUCCUGAGGCUUCUUCCAGCGACGAUUCUGGUGCUAGUCACGGUUCUCUCAGCUGAAGAAAGAGAAGUCCUUGCUUACUUGAUCACAAGAGGAACAACCGCCACCAUCUCCCCUGACUCCAACAACAAGAAGACAACGAAGAAGAAGAAGAGCAACAAAUCUGGCAGAAAAAACCACAAGCCUCCCGUGUUCGACUGCGAGUGUUUCGACUGCUACACUAGCUACUGGCUCCGAUGGGAUUCCUCUCCGAACCGCGACCUCAUCCACGACAUCAUCGACGCCUUCGAGAACCACCAUCUCGCUGCUACCUCCGGCGGCGGCGGCGGCGGCGGGGAAGACUCGGUUUCCGGGAGCAAAUCUAAGAGAGGUAAGAAGAAAGAGAAACCGGGUCGUCGGGUCGUCGUCGUCGAGGAGGUGGUGGAGCAGCCGGUGAUUGAAGAGAGCGUCGAGGUGGUGGAGCAGCCGGUGAUUGAAGAGAGCCACGUGUCGUCUCCAGAUAACUCGCCGGGGAGAUUGAAUGAAGCUGAGGUGGAGGAGGAUGUGGAGGAGGAGGAGGUUGUUGAGGAAGAAGAAGAAUCGACGGUGGUUUUACCGGCGGCAGCUGGGAGUGGACAACACAAGGGUUUGGCGAGGAAGGUACUACCGGACGUGUUGGGUCUGUUCAACUCCAGUUUUUGGAGGCUUUGGAAUCCGAAUGCGUAAUCUAAAAAAAGCAUCGUUCGAUCCAAAAAGUUUAUGCUUUUUCUCUUUCUCUGUUACUACUGUUUUUGAGAUUAAAAGGAAAAUGAUCAAAUCUUCAUAUGCUUUUUGUUCUUCUUCUCUAAAAAGAUGGUAUCGAUCACUACUUGGUUAUUUGUAAUUGGU